CUUCGUAAUGGUAUGACGUAACGCGUCCUCUUUCGCGGAAAUCACGUGACUUGGUCUGUUCGCUGCGAGUCCGUUCUUAGAAUACUGAUGAAUCACGGUUCUCAUUCAGUUUAGAUGCGGUCAGAAACGACAUAUAAUUAUGAGGAACCGUUUCUUCAUUUGUUGGAUUUUAUUACUCGUGGACGUUUCUCCAUCUGGCCAUGUCAAAACCAAUGAUGAACACAACAUGGCAAGGAUAGAGCAGUAUUCUGGAAUGAAUGUGUUUGUUGCUGUGGCCGAUGGAGUGAAGACGGUGGUAGUGAUGGAGGGAGAUUCUGUCGUUUUAGACACUAACGUUACUGUAAUAAAGCAAGAUGAUACCAUACUGUGGAUGUUUGGAGAUGAUAACUCUAUUAUAGCUAAAAUGAACGAAGCGGCUGGAAUUUUCUCUGCCAAUGAUAAUGAGAGAUUCAGAGACAGACUGGAGCUGAACAAACAGACUGGAUCUCUGAUCAUCAAAAACAUCAGAACUGAACACACUGGACUUUAUCAACUAAAGAUCAAGAGCACUACUGAGAUCUCGAAGAAAUUCAGUGUUACUGUCCGUGAUGAUGUGCAGUCAGUGUCACUGAUGGAGGGAGAUUCGUUCACUCUACACACUGGUGUUAUUAAAAUACAAGGAGGUGAUCAGAUUGUGUGGAAGUUUGGAGGCCAAGGCACUCUCAUUGCUCACUUAAAUGGCACUACUGAUGCUAGAUGGAAAAACCUGAUCAAACUGAAUGAUCGUACUGGAGACCUCACCGUCAGAAACAUCCAAACUGAACACUCUGGAGACUAUGAUCUGGAGAUCAACAACCACAGCAUGAUCUUACACAAGAAAUUCCAUAUUGCAGUUAGUGAGCUCCCCCCGCGUUCACACUGGGAGACAACUGGUCCAGUGUUGGCAGGCAUUGUUGUUAUCUUAAUCCUGAUCGGAAUUGGAAUCUGUAUUGGGCUCAAGAUGGGUUGGUUUGAAAUAUGUUGGCCAUGUAAGAAGAGUGUUGAAACAACUGAAGUGCUAUACGAGGUAGCACCUAAACAAUGACCAACAGCAGUAGGUCAUAGUCGGUUCACAUUAAUAGAGUUUGAGAAUCAACCAUAUAGCACUGUGAAAGGAGUUAAUACAUUUUUAUUAGAAAACAAAUAUAUAUAUAUCUAUAUAUAUAGGGAAAGGUGAAGUUGAUGCUUGUCAUUCAAACCCAUUAAUUAUCUUCAAACUAUGGAUGUAUAGCUACAUUAAUGUAUAAUGUACUUAACUGUAUGCUCAGUAAGGCCUACACAUGCAUUCACACUACAUGACCUCAUUCUGUGGUGCCUGCUGCUUUAGCCGUAAGUGCUGUACAUACUAUGAGUGCUCCAGCUGACUUGAGAAACAUUUUCAGUGAGAUUAUUAUUUCAACAAAUGUGAUGUGUGUCCAGUAUUUCUGACAGAACUGGGAUAUGUUUACAUGACAACGGUGUACUAAAAGCAGAAAUGUUUUCCUGCGUUAUGCAUGCCAGGCCAGUAGUUGGUGAUGCCACUUUGUAAAGAAACACUACAUGUUUGAUUUGCUCUGAAUGCUUUCUCACGGAAUAGUUAUCUAGAAUAAAAAAAAUGUAUGCUGUGGCAUUAAGCUUCAUCUUCAUUGGAAUUACUGGAUUAACCAAACCUGUUAAAUAGAACAUGGUGUCCACGUACUGUUUGCUCCAAAGAUACAUUAUAUCUU